CGCGCGCGCGGGGCGGUGGGAACGGAGCCGAGUUCGUGUGUAUGUCGGUUGCCGUAACAACAGCCAGCGGAGUCGGUCGGUUAUGGCCUCCAACUUUAAGAAAGGUAACAUGGCAUCAAGUGCCCAGCGCAAAAGGAUGAGUCCUAAGCCUGAGCUUACUGAAGAGCAGAAACAGGAAAUCCGGGAGGCUUUCGAUCUCUUCGAUGCUGACGGAACUGGGUCUAUAGAUGUCAAGGAACUUAAGGUGGCAAUGAGGGCCCUGGGCUUUGAACCCAAGAAAGAAGAAAUCAAGAAAAUGAUAAGUGAAAUUGAUAAGGAAGGGACAGGGAAAAUGAAUUUUGGUGAAUUUUUGACUGUGAUGACUCAGAAAAUGUCUGAGAAAGAUACCAAAGAAGAAAUCCUGAAAGCUUUCAAGCUCUUUGAUGAUGAUGAAACUGGGAAGAUAUCAUUCAAAAACCUGAAACGUGUGGCCAAGGAGUUGGGUGAGAACCUGACUGAUGAGGAGCUGCAGGAAAUGAUUGACGAAGCUGAUCGAGACGGAGAUGGAGAGGUCAAUGAGCAAGAGUUCCUGCGCAUCAUGAAGAAGACCAGCCUGUAUUGAGAUCGGCGUCUUUUCGACCGCAAGCACAUGUGAUGAGACGUAGUGCCUGCAAUUGUGUGAAAUCUGGCUUUUGAGAACACAGACUUUUCCCUUUACUGACCUCCCUGUAUAACUUUAGUAGUGACCUUGAAUCUGUUUUAGACUUUUGGAAGUGUUCUUUGAUAUUAAAGUUCCUUGUAAAGUGA